AUGGUUCACAAUAGUUCAGAUGAUCAUGAAUUAAUAUCUUCAACAAUGAGUGAAGAUAGUCACACACCAUUAUCAGAAACAGUGACUACAUUAGCUAGUAAUGUUUAUAAAGAAUUAGAACGUAUUAUUAAAAAUUUUGGUGAAAAUAGUGUUAAAGAUUUAAUGCCAGUUAUGAUCUCAACAUUAGAAUCACUUGAUAGUGCAUUACAUGAACGAGAGGUAAAUAAACUUGAAAUUGAAUCAUUAAAAGAACAAACUGAACAGUUAUAUCAACAAUAUGAACGUGAAAAAAGUUUUCAUAAAGAAUAUCAGCAGCGUUAUCUUCAAGUUGAAGAUCAUCUUGAAGAAAUAAAACGUGAAAAUGAAGAAAAAUUACGAAGCCUUGAAUCAAUUGUAAAAAUUUUUGAAAUUAAAUCACGUAAUGCAUCGGAUCAUGUUGGAAGAUUAGAAGAUAAAGAAAAUGAAAUGAAACAAGAAUAUAAACGUUUACAUGAUCGAUAUUGUGAAUUAUUCAAGGUUCAUUGUGAUUAUAUGGAACGAACAAAAAUUUUAUAUGGAACUGAUCGAUUAGAUCAAACAACUACUAAUGCACAUACAAGUUCUCAAUCUCGGUUCGUUUUUUCAUGA